GACCAACCCUUUUUAGUCCACAUCUCUCUCUCUCUCUCUCUCUCUCUCUCUCUAUCUAUUCCAAGGAGACUCUCUGUCUCUCUCUCUCUAUUCCAAGAAGACUAAACCCUGUGUUUUUGAGUCCACACCUCUCUCUCUCUCCUUCACUCUUCUUUUCUUGGUAAUAAAAACCCCAUCUUUUUCCCCCUCCUCUUCUUCCUAGAAAUAUAUGAUGUUAGAUUCAUCUUAAGAAUCAAUAGGAUAAAUGGAGGUGAACCCAUCAUCAUAACACCCCUAUCACAAAACAAAAUCCCCCCACUCUCUCUCUCUCAUCCUCUUCUUCUUCCUAAAAGAGAUGAAGAUGAACCCAACAUAAAACCCAACCACAACAACACCAAAAACCCAAUUUUUAUUUUCAUCAAAAGAACCCAAAGAGAGAAGAGAGAGGAGCUCACAUUAAUGGAGAGGUAUGCCCACAUCUCCUUCCCUUUCCCCAUCAUCUUCUCCUGCUUCUUCUUCUUCACCAUCUUCUUCAUCCAUGGCCUUUUAGCUUCUUCCUCACAACUCAAUCAAACCCAAGUGGAGAUCAUGAGAAACCUCUCCAAAACCCUCAACUCCUUAACAGGAUCCAAUUCUGAGUGGAACACCACAAACCCAGAUCCCUGCUCGUGGGAGAGGGUCACUUGCUCUCCCCAAUCCUCUCCAGAUGCUGCAGUGACCCAGCUCUCCUUCUCAGGGCUUGGUCUCUCCACCACCAAAAACUCCUCCUUUUCCACCCUCCUUUUUGAUCUCAUCUGUGGCCUCAACACCCUGGAGCACCUGGACCUCUCCCUCAAUUCCAUCACCACCCUCCCCGAAUCCUUCUUCGCCGACUGCGUCGGGCUCUCCGGAUUGAAGUCCCUGAACCUCAGCUACAACGGGUUGGAUGGAGCACUUGGUAACUUCUCAAACUUUGCGGGUUUGGAGACUCUGGAUUUGUCCUUCAAUCACUUGACAGGGCCUGUUCACAACCAAUUCGAUUCGCUGUCGCGGUUGAAAAGCUUGAAUCUUAGCUCCAAUCGCAUGGUGGGCACAGUUCAGAGCUUGCUCGGCGGUGGUAAAGUUCUCACCUUGGAAGAGUUGGUUCUCUCCUCUAACAAUUUCAGUGGAAACAUACCCAAUUCGGUCUCCGAGUACGCGAACCUCACUCUCCUGGAUCUUAGCCAGAAUAGCUUUAAUGGGUCCCUUCCUAAUGGCUUCGGAGAGUUUCCGAAGCUGGAAACCCUCCUCCUCUCCUCAAACAACCUCGUCGGGGAUAUCCCGGCGAGCUUAUCCGGUAUCGCGACGCUCUCGCGCUUCGCGGCCAAUGAGAACAAGUUCUCCGGGACAAUCCCCGGCGGGCUCACAAAGUACAUGAGGAUUUUGGACCUCAGUUACAAUCAAUUAGGCGGGGAAAUCCCUUCCGACCUCCUAUCGCCGCCUAGUUUGGAGUCGGUCGAUCUCACCGGUAAUCAUCUUGAAGGGGCCAUCCCCGCAAACUUGUCGCAAGGGCUUUAUCGUCUUCGACUUGGCGGGAAUUUGCUCAAUGGAACAAUUCCGGAGGCGAUUGGGCUACUCUCGGGCUUGAAAUACUUAGAAUUGGAAGGUAACAAGUUGGAUUCGGGUAUCCCUUCUCAAAUCGGCGAUUGCGAGAAUCUCACACUGUUGAAUCUCGCUGACAAUCGUUUGCGGGGAGGGAUUCCAAAAGAGUUGGGUAAUCUUCGGCAAUUAGUGGAGUUGGAGCUCCAGAUGAACAAUCUUAGUGGAGGGAUACCUAAUGAGAUUUUCCAGCUUUCUAGCCUGAGCACGCUAAAUCUCAGCCGAAAUUCUUUCUCCGGGGAGAUAUCGUCGGCGAUUUCCGGCUUGAAAAAGCUUACGAAUUUGGAUUUGAACGACAACAUGUUCUUUGGAUCGAUACCCAGCUCGAUUAACAACUUGAAUAAUUUGAUCGAGCUUCAAUUGGGGAACAACAACUUGAGUGGGACAGUUCCGCCCAUGCCGAGUAGCUUAACGAUCGCUCUAAACCUAAGCAGCAACCUCUUCGGAGGGUCGAUACCUUCGUAUCUCGGCUCUUUGUCCGAAUUGGAAGUUCUCGAUCUCUCCCACAAUAAUUUUUCCGGCGAAGUCCCAAACUCUCUCACUAAGCUGCAAUCUUUAACGCUUUUGGUGCUCUCUUAUAAUCGACUCUCCGGGGUCCUUCCUCAGUUCCCUCCUUACGUGAAUGUCAUUACAAAUGGAAAUGUGGACCUUAUAGGAACCAAUGAUGGAACCGGCACUGUCACAAAGAAGAAGAGAUCGAGUCUUAUGAUCAUCAUACUCGCUAUAAUUGGUGCUUUUCUUGGUUUGGGCUUAAUUGCGGCGGUACUUCUAUAUGUGUUUUCUAAGAGAUUUUAUCGGGUGGAAGAUGAAGGUAUCGAAAUCUCGGAGAACCCUCCUCAAAUUGUGGAUGGUUGUUUCGUGACGUCGAACAGCAUCCACCGGUCCGCGAUCGACUUCUCCAAAGCCAUGGAAGCAGUUUCGGACCCGCGCAACGUCACUCUCAAAACGAGGUUUUGUACCUAUUACAAAGCUGCGAUGCCGAACGGAACCAGCUACUCGGUAAAGAAGCUCAACUGGAGCGACAAGAGCGUCCCGAGCGGGACCCACGAGAAGUUCGGGCAAGAGCUUGAAAGCUUGGGGAGGCUAAGCAGUUCGAACGUAAUGGUUCCGCUCGCUUACGUACUGACCGAGGAUAGCGCUUAUCUCUUCUACGAGAACGCGCACGAAGGGACGUUGUUCGAGUUUCUUCAUAGAAGUAAAGAAAACAUUUUGGAUUGGUCGUCCAGGUACAGUAUAGCGCUUGGGGUCGCGCAAGGGUUGACUUUCCUUCACGGGUGCGCUCAACCCGUUCUUCUUCUCGAUCUUUCGACGCUGACCAUUCACUUGAAGUCGACCACCGAGCCUCAGGUUGGAGAUAUCGAGCUUUGUAAAGUUAUCGAUCCGUCCAAGAGCACGGGGAGCCUUUCUACUGUCGCUGGAUCGGUCGGGUACAUUCCUCCGGAGUAUGCGUAUACUAUGAGGUUGACGAUGUCCGGCAAUGUGUACAGCUUCGGGGUUAUCUUGCUCGAGUUGCUGACGGGGAAACCGCCCGUCAGCGAGGGGGUCGAGUUAGCCAAAUGGGCCCUCAGCUAUUCGACUAGGCGUGAUCAGAGAGAGCAAAUUCUGGACCCGAGGGUUUCAAAAGCAUCACUCGGCGUCCGAUCUCAAAUGCUAUCGGUCUUAAAGGUCGCCCUAGCCUGUGUCAAUUUAUCUCCCGAGGCGAGGCCGAAAAUGCGGCAUGUGUUGAGUAUGCUAUUCAACGCGAAAUGAGAGUUGUUUGUUUUCGGGGUUUCUCAAAAAAUUUGGACAUUACCUAGCCAUACCCUAUGUUGGUGAUAGUUAUGUGGGUUUGGUUCCUUGUUAUAUCGUAAUAUAUACCUUGAAUCCUUGUAAUAUAAUGUGAUAAAAGAUAGUUUUGCCUACUUAGAAAUUAGUAUGGAGAGAGGGGUGGAUUUUGGUGGAAAAAUGUAAUAUGGGAAUUGAAGCAACUUGAUAUGAGCAUCUUUGAUGUUGAAAUUUCAAAGUAUAUUUCUAAGUGCUGAAGCUUUAAGCA